AUGGAAAUAAUACAAAACGAAAAUAAGGAAAUGAAAAAUGAGGAUAAAAUGAAACCUAAAAUAAAUGGCCUAAUGCUAAUGCAACCUGAAAAGAAUCUGAAAGUAGUUGAUUUAAUGUGGAUGGAAUCUAAACAACAAAAGAUUACAAAGAAAUCUUAUGGUUAUGAUAGUAUGCAAGGGUCAAUGAAGUGUAGCGAUUUGAAACAAAAAAGCGCAAAGAAUUCUGAAUCCUUUUUUGCAUUACCUACAACAUCUUUUAAAGAAUCCAAUGAAUUGUUGGACAAAAAUAUUCAACGAAUGCUAGAUGUCGAGAAUACACCUCCUGAUGAAGAGCAAACAGCAACAGAUCUUCCAGAAAUUCUAUUAGAGAAAAAUGAUAAUCAUAAAGCAAAAAAAGGUGAUUCAGAAGAUAGCCAUUCAACAUCUGAAACUAACAGAUCAGAAACUGGUGAUACGGAAGAAAGUUUUUUGUAA